GAGAUUCUUCCGAGGAGGGGCUCUGCAUCCCAAAAGGCAGUGUCGACUGGGAUAUUUCUGGUAAAUCUGAACUCAAAGCAGGGUGCCAGCCCCUGGGGGACUGUGGGUGGGGCUUGGGGAGUUUCAGUGCCAACCCCAAAUGACAGAUGGAUGGCCAGUUCAUGUGAGAGAAAGGAGGAGACACGUGGGCAGAUCGGUCUGGAACGUAAGAGUGCCUGCAAAGCAGUCACCAGGCAGAGAAGGCAGAGGAACCGAAGGGAAGAUCAGAAAAGCAAGAAAGGCACAGCCUGUGACACACUGGCCACUUGACCGGCUACUCACCCAAAUUGGAAGCAAAAUGUCCCUGAAGUUGCCAAGGAACUGGGAUUUCCCCUUGAAAAUGGAGGCUGCGAAAAUAGCUCGGUCGAGGAGCGUGAUGACCGGGGAGCAGAUGGCGGCUUUUCACCCACCAACCACUCCCAACCCCCUGGAAAGGCCAAUUAAGAUGGGCUGGCUGAAGAAGCAGAGGUCCAUUGUGAAAAACUGGCAGCAGCGGUACUUUGUGCUGAGGGCUCAGCACCUCUUCUACUACAAGGACGAAGAGGACUCAAAGUCGCAGGGCUCCAUGUAUUUGCCAGGCAGUACAGUCAAAGAAAUCGCCACAAACCCCGAAGAAGCUGGGAAAUUUGUCUUUGAAGUUACUCCAGCCUCAAGUGACCAGAACCGCACAGGACAAGAUUCCUAUGUCCUCAUGGCCAGCUCCCAGGUAGAGAUGGAGGAGUGGGUUAAGUUCCUCAGGAGAGUUGCUGGCACGCCCUCUGGAGCGGUGUUUGGCCAGCGUCUGGAUGAGACUGUGGCCUACGAGCAGAAGUUUGGCCCUCACCUGGUGCCCAUCCUGGUGGAGAAGUGCGCUGAGUUCAUCCUGGAGCAUGGUGUGAGUGAAGAGGGCAUCUUCCGCUUGCCCGGGCAGGACAACCUAGUGAAGCAGCUGAGAGAUGCUUUCGAUGCAGGGGAGCGACCUUCCUUUGACAGGGACACAGAUGUGCACACGGUGGCCUCUUUAUUAAAGCUCUACCUCCGAGACCUGCCAGAGCCUGUGGUUCCUUGGAGUCAGUAUGAUGGCUUCCUGCUCUGUGGGCAGCUCAUGAACGCAGAUGAGGCAAAGGCUCAGCAGGAGUUGGUGAAGCAGCUUUCUGUCCUUCCCCGAGACAACUACAACCUCCUGAGCUACAUCUGCAGAUUUCUGCAUGAAAUCCAGCUGAACUGUGCCAUUAACAAGAUGAGCGUGGACAACCUGGCCACUGUGAUUGGAGUGAACCUCAUCAGGUCGAAGGUUGAAGACCCGGCUGUGAUCAUGAGAGGGACUCCUCAGAUCCAGAGAGUGAUGACCAUGAUGAUCAGAGACCACGAAGUCCUCUUCCCCAAGUCUAAGGAUGUACCACUCUCACCCCCUGCCCAGAAAAACGAUGCCAAGAAGGCUCCAGUGCCCCGAAGCUCUGUGGGAUGGGAUGCCACCGAAGACCCACCCCUUUCUAGGACAGACAGCUUCAGUAACACAGCAAGUAGUCCUGAUGCCACCAGCCCCACUGGACCACAGCCAGGUGACCAGAAUCAGGAAGACAGUGGAAAAGCCCCCAGGGAAAACCCAGGAGACUGGAAGAUGCAAUCCCGUAAAAGGACUCAAACGCUCCCCAACCGGAAGUGUUUCCUGACAUCCGCAUUCCAAGGCUCCACUAGCAGCAAACUGGAAAUCUUUAAAAAUGAGUUCUGGUCUUCAUCUUCAGAGGCUAAGGCAGGAGAAGGGCACAGGAGAACUAUGUCUCAAGACUUGCGCCACCUUUCCAAUGACCAGCGGACUUCUACCUAUGAUAAUGUCCCCACCUCACCAGGGUCCCAAGGGGUCCCACCAGGUGCACUCUCUCCCCCUGCCAGUGACUCUAAGAAAGAUGCUCCUGUCAGCACAGACUCUGAAAUGGAGUCUGGAAGUAAGAACUCUGGCGAGGAUGACCUUGAUUCUUUGCAGAGGAUGGUCCAGCACCUACAAAAGGAAAUAGAAACCCAGAAGCAGAUGUAUGAGGAACAGAUUAAAAACCUGGAGAAAGAAAAUUAUGAUGUCUGGGCUAAGGUGGUAAGGCUCAAUGAAGAACUGGAGAGGGAGAGGAAGAAAUUCGCGGCCCUAGAAAUUAGCCUUCGAAAUGUGGAGCGCUCCCGGGAGGAUGUUGAGAAGAGGAACAGAGUCUUGGAAGAAGAAGUCAAGGAGUUUGUGAAAUCAAUGGAGAAGCCCAAGACAAAGACCGAUGCUUGAGGGUCUGAGUUGUGUGGCAGGGACAGUCAACUCCAUUUCUUCAUGCUCUUAAUGAGCAGGAAGCAGGAUCACCUCCUAGGAUGGACAGGGUAUCUGAGGGGAUGUGCCACAAUCCUUCAUACACAGAAGAUGGCAGUGAGCAGGAACACGCCAGGACACUUGCAACCGUGUGCAGUGCUCCAAGGAUUGCGUUAUUCCACUGUGAGAAGAGUGAAUUGGAAUCUUCCAGUACAAGACCAGGUCCAAAGAAGAUAUUUAAGGUGUGUGACAUCUCAGGACCCCAGGUCAGCGCUAGACCAAGGCCUCAGUUCUUCGUUUUCUAUGUGGCUGACUUGCCUGGUCAGAUGGCUCUGGUCAGCUCUGAAACAUGGGCAGAAAAUGAUACUUAGAUCUCCAGUGCUAACCUACUGAGGGCCGCUUGGAGAGCCUGGACUGGUGGAACCAGAAUCAAACAAUAUUUAUAAAGGCAAAAUGGGUGAGAAAAUUAUAUUCAAAUAAAGAAAAUAGAAAACAAAAAUCAA